AUGAGUGCUCAGCCUAACAACCCCUACGCCGGCCAGCCCGGGCCCCAGCCGUCAUUCCAAGCCCCAGAACGCAAGGAGACAUCCUACCUCUGCGCAGACUGCAACCUCUCCAACGACAUCCGUCCACGCGAGCCCAUCCGCUGCAGGGAGUGCGGCCACCGCAUCAUGUAUAAGAAACGCACCACACGAAUGGUCCAGUUCGAGGCGCGCUAA